GGAAAUGCCUACACGAGCUUACUGACUUGCGAGUUUCUGUAGCUGUGAACAACACGGAAUGGAAGGCGUAGUGAAACGACUGGCAUCUGCAAAGAAGGGGAAGAAAUUUUCAUUUUCCAACGUUGAGGAGUGCUUGGCACUUAUGAGAGAUGGCACUGAAAUGCAGAAACUUCGGUCAGGAAAGAAAAGCUCAUACAAACGGACAUUUUUUCUUGAUCUGGAAGCAAACAGAAUUCGAUGGGAGCCUUCGUCCAAGUCAAUCGACAAAUCAAGAAUAUUGAUAGAGUCUAUUAGUGAGGUCAGAGAAGGUCAUCAAAGCGACGUUUUUCGUCAGAGACGAGGCCUUUACAACCAAGAGUGCUGCUUGUCGAUUAUCUAUGGAAGCGACUUUAAGCAGGUUGAUUUGGUGGCUCCAACAGAACUUACCGCAUCUCAAUGGAUUGUGGGCUUACGGAGUCUCAUAAAGAAGGCGACUGGUGGGGAUCAGUUGCACAAACGGCAAAAUGCUCGUGACCACUGGUUGAGGGAGACAUUUGAAGCUGCUGAUAAAAAUGGUGAUGGUACACUUAGCUUAGAAGAGAUUUUGCGACUUAUGAACAAACUGAAUGUUGGUCUUGCUACAUCUCAAGUGCGACGUUUGUUUUCGGUCAGUGACACAGACUCUGAAGGUGAUAGUGCUAACGCACUUGAUUUUGAAGAAUUUCAAAAAUUCUACAAAACUGUUUCAACAAGAAGUGAACUCUACUACCUCAUGAUGCGGUAUUCAACAUCUGAUGAAGAGCAUUUGACAAUAGAUGAUCUUAAGACUUUUCUUGAAACUGAACAAAUGAUGUGUGUUGGUAGGAGUGAGUGCCAAGAAAUCAUUAAGAAGUACGAGCCAACAAGUGAAGGCCAGGCAGAAGGGUGGCUUGGAAUAGAUGGUUUUACUCAAUACUUGGUCGGACCUGAAGGAGAUAUAUUUGAUCCUAAAUUUGAGACUGUUCAUCAGGACAUGGAUCAACCAUUGUCUCACUAUUUCAUCAACUCAUCACACAACACAUAUUUGACUGGCGAUCAGCUGAAGUCUAACUCAAGCGUUGACAUUUACAUCAAAGCACUCAAGUUGGGGUGCAGAUGUGUAGAAGUUGAUUGCUGGGAUGGACGUGAUGGAGAGCCAGUUGUGUAUCAUGGCUACACGUUGACAUCAAAAGUGAAAUUUUAUGACGUAGUAGUUGUAAUCAAUCGCUAUGCUUUUGUGACCAGUCCAUACCCUGUCAUACUGUCAAUUGAGAACCAUUGCUCUGUGGCUCAGCAGUUGAAGAUGGCCCAAUACAUGCAACAAGUUUUUCAAGAUAAAUUGCUCAUGAGAAAGAUUGACAUAGAAAUGAGCCAUCUUCCAUCACCAGAACAAUUGAAAGGGAAGAUCUUGAUUAAGAACCAGAAAUUAGAAGAUGAAGAUGUUGAUGAGGGCUGGGUAACAGAUGAAGAUGAGGCAGAUGAAAUUGAUGAAGAACACAAAAAGCCUUGUCAGUCAAGUGAACGUGCAUGGAGCGACCCUCCUGCAGGAGUUGUGCCUAUUCAAGAAUCGGCAUCAGUCAAGCUGAGCAGUGCUGCCAGUGAUUCCAACUUGCUUUCUAAUAAUAAGAAGCCUCCUGUAAGGCAAACCAGUUUUGUAUCAGCUACAAUGCCAAAGCUCAGACAAAAUCAGCAGUCUAAAACAUCUUCUUCAACUCAUAAAAGGAAUCACAGUCUUCCUCAUGUAGGAACAGUUGAGCCUUCUGAAAAGAUUAAGAUGGAUUCAAGACAUCGCUCACGCAGCUUAAGACCGGAAGAUGAAUUGCAAGAUGUUAUUGAUCUUCAGCCAAAGAAGAAGAUGAAAUUGGCACGUGCUCUUUCUCAGCUUGUUGUCUACACCAAAUCUGUUCGAUUUCGUGGAUUUUGUGACACUCAAGUCAACGUAAAAUGGUGGGAAAUGUCAUCAUUUAGUGAAACUAAGGCUCACAAAUGCAUCAUUUCACAUCGAGCAUCACGCUUUGUACGACACAAUCACAAACAGUUGAGUCGAGUAUAUCCAGCUGCAUAUCGUGUUGAUUCAAGCAACUUUAAUCCACAAGAAAUGUGGAAUUGUGGCUGCCAACUGGUGGCUUUGAACUACCAGAAAGAAGGGAAAAUGGUGCAGUUGAAUAGAGCACGAUUUCGCAUGAAUGGCAACUGUGGCUACGUUCUAAAACCAGCUGCCCUGAGAGAUGAGAAAUUAAUCUUGAACCCACUUGCAAAGGGUCCUUUGCAGAAUGUUAAACCAAUGGUACUGACGCUCAAGAUUAUAUCAGGACAACAGCUCCCAAAGCCUAAAGGUGUUGAGAAGGGAGAGAUCAUUGACCCGUACGUCAAGGUUGAGAUUGCUGGCCUACCAGCCGACUGUUCUGAGUGUCGCACAAAAGUUGUUGAUGAUAACGGUUUUAACCCAACCUGGAACCAGACUUUCUCCUUCAACAUUAUCAUGUCAGAAAUGGCACUAAUAAGGUUUGUUGUAAUGGACAAAGACGUGGUUUCCGAUGACUACAUUGGUCAAGCAACUUUCCCAAUCAAUAGCCUUCAAGAAGGCUAUCGGCACAUUCACUUAGAAGGAGAGGGAAUUGAGAUGUCAACCUUGUUUGUGCACGUCAUAAAGCAUUGGUCGGCUCAAGGAUUUGAGCACGAGAGGCACUCUUUCUUCCAAAGAAUCGUACGCAAGAUCAGGAAAAGUAGAUCACCCGGGUCAGGUGAAGUAGCAACGAAAGUAAAUGAUGUUUUAUUGCUUCGGCGUCGUAAUAUCGGCAGCAAAUGGCUUCAUCAAAGUUCACCAGCAAAACCAACCAUUGUAGUGGCUUCAGCGGCAAGAGAUGGCACUGAAGCUAUCGAAGAAGCUGAUGAUGUAAACAAAAUUACAGAAUCACAUGAAAAUGAGGCAGAUGAUGCACUCUUGCAAUUGAAAGAGAACGGUCACUUUCAGCCGUUGCUGCAUGAGCUGGUUCAGGACAGCAUCGAUUCUGUGUUUACCAGUGGCGCGUCUAGUGGUACAGACCGUGAAGUCAGUCCUUCAUCUGUUGACGUUGAGGUGCACUUUUCAGAUGAAGGUAAAGGUGACUCGGCAGCGUCAUUGUCCCCCAACUCGAUAGAAAUGAAAGCAGAUUGGUAAGACUUAUGAUUUUAUAUGAAUUUCCUAUGCAAGAAAUUUGAAAAGCAGACUGUUUACUUACUAUUCACGUACACAUUGAAUAUAUGCGUUUAGUUUUAAUAGAUGUGACUUUUAGCAUCAUUGACUUUAGACAUGCACAUGUAUUCUUACUUUGUGACGUUGUUUUAGUUUUGUUUUUGUGCUUGUCAAGUAGAGAUGUUUUGUGUAGCAGCAGUUGAUAUGAACUUUGCGUAGCCUUUUGACACUCACAUAUGUUUUUCCUUUAUAUGAAUUAAUGUAAGUGUAGAGAUGUACUAAAGUAGGUUGUCACUGGAAUUGCUGUUUGGUGCAGCUGAGAAUCUCAGAACAUACUAAUUAACUCACAACUAAAUUUGACAAAAUUGAAUUAAUUGAUACAAUCAAUUGACAAAAUUUUGGCUAUCAGAA